AUGGCGGCUGCGAAAGACGACUCUCUCGAGACCUUGAUAGGUCGCAUUCCUGCUCGACCUCCGACUGCGGCAGAGGCGACGACCGACGAUCAAAGUCUCCAUUGUUGCUGCGGGCAUUUAGAUUGCGCAUACCUCAAGCACAACUGCAAUGCCUUAGCCGAUCUGGAGAAAGAGGUUCACACGGCUGCUGCUUUGGGUCAGGCUCUGCUAGCCCGCCAUGAAAACUAUAUGCAAGAUGCCGAACGAGAUCGCAAGGAGAUGAACGAUAAAAUCGAGCGACUCGAGAAGGACAAGAAAGAACUAGAGAGCCAGAAUGCGCGAACUAUCGAGGACAAUCGUGCCCUUCUAGAGCAACUAGAGGCGGUCAACAUGACUGUAACGGAUUCAGACACCCACAUCAAGUCGCUCGAGGCUACAUUACACUCGACUCGCCAAGAAUUAAGGCGCCUUGAGGACCUGGCGUCCCGGACCCAAGAUCUCGAAAUUCAGUUGGCAGCUUUAGAGCAGGAGCAAGACGUGCUCCAGAAGACUGUUUUCAGGACCGAGGCCGACGAGAGAUCCGCGAUCCAGAGAUGGAAGAGGGCGGAAAGGGGGCUGUCCGAACUCCAAGAGCAAUUGGAGAGGAUAGAGCGUGAGGCGCAAGAAGAAAGGGAGCGUCAUGUGGAAGUUCUCGGUCGUAUGGAGAGACAACGUGUUGUUGAGAGGGAAUUAGGCACCGCGGCUGGACGACUGAAAGCGGCAGCAGCGACAGUAGGGAAGGGGAAGAAUGGCAGUAAUGUUGUAUCGCACUUCGUCAAGGACAUACUACAAGACAACGCAAAUUUACAAAUGGGAAUCAUGGAGCUGCGAGGGAUGUUGAUGAAUUCGAACGACGAGGUGCAAUCCCUUCGGGAACGAUUGAUGAUACACCAACCGCUUGAGAUAGAUGAAAGGAAUGGCCCACAACCGACUCUGGAUGCAGAGCUUGCCCAGAAAGAAACCACUGAGCAAGCUGCCAUAUCACAGGAAUUGCAUAUCCAUCACCAUUAUCACGUCCCAAAGAAGGAGGAAAUUCGUCGGCCGAAAAAGAAGCGCGCCUCCAUCAACCCCGCACUCUUCAGCCCAUCCAGGGUCGGACAAUCGCCGCGACCGUCUAGAAACCUAGAAACAGCAAGCACAAUACUAUCGCAGACGGCCGUUACUGUCCCUUCCACUCCUAUUACAACAAAUCAUCGCUGGUCUAUGCAAUCAGGUCCGAUGUCGGAUUUUGCCCCUUCAUCAGUACCAAGCUCGCCACAGUCGAUGUAUAGGAACAGCACAUUAUUUGAUAGAGGGCUAGACUUUGACUCCUCCCGUCCGACAUCUCCUGGAUCCAGCAUCGAUCCUAUGUCACCACAAUUCCAACCUUUUCGCCAUCGGAAAAAGGGCUCUGAAGUAUCGACGAGAAGCUUUGGGCCGCCUAUAAACUUCCAACCGCAUAAUGUGAUCCAGGAAGAAGAUGACGAUGUACACGAGAUCUCUGAUCUGCAAAGUCCAAACCCACCCUGCUUGGAUGAAGGCGGCACGUCGUCAGAUGCAUCCCGGGACAUGGAUGAUCAAUCCCAUACAGACCAAGACUGGGAUGCGCCCUUUCAACCCACUCUGCGGCGCACGUCUUCCCAUGAAUCUAUCCUCUCCAUAUCCGGUAUUGAUAUCCACACUCUCAAAUCCCGGCCCUCACAACUUACCAUCAGAGGAAACACCGCUUUCUAUGCUCCUCGUACCAGGCUAGGAACACCCACGUCAAUGGUUUCGCUAGACACGUCCAUCACCACACGCCCAACAUUAUCACACAACGGUCAGGACAGCACUUCGUAUCUACGCUCCAACAUCCUUCCCACCAGCGAUGACUCCCGCUCCAUCAACUCAAGCAACUCACACGAGACUCCAAGCUCGAGUUCCCCCGGCCUAGGUGGCAAGCUCGGAGGCUGGGUUUUCGGGCGAUGGGGCGUAAGCCCAGCAAAAUCCUCAAGCGAUCUCAGAUAUACGAACCAACAUAGAGUAGUCAGUUCACCACCCGUAAGCCCAUACACAAUGGCCAGACCAUCAGGCAUCAACCAGAAAGGACCGAUUCCAGGGUUCAUGAAGAAAAUAGAGAGGGCGCCGAGCAAUGUCACACCCGAGGUGAUAGACCAUGAUGCGCUGAAGGAGGUUCUUAUUGAGGGUGGCUUAGCUCCCUAUUGA